UUGGAGUGUGGAGAAGGGCUUGCUUUCUCCUCCGUCGAAGCCUCUUGCAAGGCACAAUGGAUAUUACAAGGGGGAGCUUGGAUAAAAUAUCAAGGCCUGCAUCUAGCUCAAGAGCUUAUCCUAGCUGUAGAUCUUUAAGUGCAUCUAUGGAGGUAUUAACACCAGAGCCAUGUUUGUCAAAGGUUGAUUCACCUGGCAGUAUGACCAGUAAUCAUCAAAGAUACAAUUUAGAAUACUGUUAUCCAGAGAACAAAGAUGAUGACAGAGAAAAAUCUGACAUCAAGAGAAUAAGAACAGCUAAGCAAACCUCAGUGGAAAAUACUACCUUCACUUUUCAGGAGCAUAUACAGAAUCCUAAUGAGCUGUCAGGAUCUGUCUCUAAUUCAGAUUCUGGGGAUGACAGUGCUGAAAUACAGACUUCUAAAUUCAGUGAACCUUCCCAAGGAAAAAAAACAACAAAAUCAUGCAGCUUAAAAGAUUCUGAUCAGACAGGUGUAGAUCCUGUGGUUCAAGCAGCUGUAAGGAAGAUGAAUAAACUUGAUACAAUACUGGCAAAAAAACACUUUAAAGAGAGAACAAUUAAAAAACAAGGCAAAGAAAUGAGAGCAAAGCUCUGGGAAGAACUUCAGCCUAUCAGUACUUCUGGAAGUCAUGAAGAGGUGGAAAAUACAAAACAUUUUUUAGCUUUGAUCUCAUCAUGGCAAGAUACAGCUGAUCCCUUCCACAUUAAAGAAGAUGAAAUAUGUAUUUCAGUUUUUCACACACAAAUUAAUCCAGAAGAUUAUGAUUGCCAUAAAAGUCAGCAUAAUCAGGAUCAUCCAAAUGAAAUAAAAACAAAUGAAUUUCUAAAUCAAACAGAAAAAACACAUGAUAAAAGCAAAAGCAAUCAGGAUUUCAUUAAAAAGAACAUUGAGCUGGCAAAGGAUUCAGGAAACCAGGUUGCUUUGCUUGAAGAAGAAAAAAAAAGGUUGAUGGAACUAUUAAAAGAUACAGAAGAUGGAAGUGAAUUGCAGGGUGCUGAGGAAGAUGCAUCUGGCUGGCUAGUACCAGGAGAAGGGUAUACACCUGAACCAAUGGAAUUUCAUCACCUAAAUGAAAUAGAUAUUAAGCUUCAGGUACUAUCUGAUGGAGAUUUUUCUACAAUUCACAGCUCUUGCUCAAAACCUCCAAGCCAAAUUUAUCAGGAAUCCCUGGCUUAUGCAAAUAGAAAAAUAGAAGCAGUUCCAGGUGAGAGAGUUCUGCGAUACAAUAAGGAGCACCGUGAUCAGCAAAACCGCCUGAAAGAAAUAGACCAUCAGCUGAAAUCUCUGGAAGAAGAUCUCACAGAAGAACAAAUCAGCCUCUCUGAAGAGCAACUGAAGACCCUUCUGGAAGAAUGUAUGCUGUCUCCGAGAACAAAGAGCAACGUUACCAUGCCAAAAUCUCAGGAAUCUCUUUCUUGUGGAUUAAGUCCGCCUUGUUACACAAGUCAAGACUCCACUUUUCACUCUCCAUCUACUCUUUCCAAAAUGUUAGUUGAAGACCAUAUUGUAGGGAUGUUAACAGCUCAGGAAAAGACUGGACUUGAAAACAAAAGCUUAUGUGCUAAUGCAGAGAGUGAAAUCCCUGGCUACUACCUCAGCAAAGCAUUGGUUGAUAGUCAUUUAUCAAAGGAUUCACUGGCCCAAACAGAGGAACCUGAUGACCUAGAAGGUUUACAGAAGAUGGGAGAUAAGAGUAUUACUGAAGGUUACUUUAUGUCAAGAGCACUCAGCACAAAAAAGUUGAAAAAACCUUCUUUUCUGGGUGACCCAUUAUAUUGCAUCAGCGUGAACGAGGAGGCAUCCAGGGAGGCUGACAUUCUCAGCAUACCACUGCAAACGAAAGGAGGUGAGACUCUUAACAACGCAUCGGAAUAA